AAUUAGUUGAACGAUCAGUGUCAAAUAGUAACUCCAUAUACAAACUGCUGCUUAAGUCUACAUACAAUUGUAGAACAAUAAUCGAUCUCGAUCUUACACAAGCUCCAGUAGGAUUGAACAUGAUUAAUACGAGAACAGAGGAUGAGAAUAAGAACGAGCCAAUAUUUGAAAUUAAGAAUAAUAUACUUAUCGGCAAGGAGUUGAAGUAUCCCGAAAAAUGCAAUAAUAUUGGAGAAAUAGUGUUUGAAAUAUUUAAAAGCAAACCAGACUUUAUUGGACAGAUAGAAGCUGCAUGUGGGAGACGAGCCACGUACAAAGAAAUGCUGGAGAAAAGUGUAAAGUGUGCGACAUGGCUUAGGAAAAAAGGGAUCAAACCAGGAGAUACCGUAGCUGUGUGCUGCUCCAGUUACUUUGAUGACUAUGUCCCCUUUUUGGCAUGUCUGUACAUUGGUGCACCAUGUGCCAUCGAAUAUCAAAACUUACCUGCACGUUCCUUUCGUCAUUUUCUAUCGACGACAAGACCCAAGUUAAUAUUUUUACAUAAUUCGGACAUAAAGACGUUCACUACCGCGCAAAAGGAAUUGAACAUAAACGUGCGAAAGGUAGUUUUUGAUGAGUGGAGCGGUGAGGAGGAAUCUUUUAACGAAAUUCUGUCCACUUCAACAACGUCAGAAGUAGAAAAGUUUCGUUGCGAACAAAUUGUAAAUCCGAAGGCUCUAGCUCUUUUACUCGGUACAUCCGGAUCGACUGGUUUGCCAAAAAUGGCUGAAUUAUCUCAUCUCUCAUUGAAAACGUUGAUAGAUCCAGCUUACAUCGAUUAUGCGUUAAACCUGUCGACCUGCAUGUGCGCCGCUAGUAUGCGGUGGAUCAUCUACUUCCUAAGUUUCUUUAUAGCAGUUCGCGGCAAUUUGACUCGAAUCAUUGCCGAGGACAAAAGAGAGAUAACAUACUAUUAUAACAUAAUUAAAAAGUAUAGAGUCGAAUUGUAUUUCGCUGAUAGUAGCCAAAUGAAAGAAAUGUACAAGUUCGGUUUGAUAGAAAAUUUUCAAGGAACGGACUUAAAGUGCAUUCUAUUUGGGGGUUCCCCAAUCAGCCGUGAUAUACACAGGAUGUUAAUCGACCAAUUGCCGCGGAUUAAUAUUUUCCAGGCUUACGGGUCGACUGACGCAGCGAAUAUCAUCAGCGCACAAAAACGAGGCUGCAAACCAGGUAGCUGUGGUUAUGUUCGUCCAGGAACGAAAAUAAAAAUAACAUGUAGGGAAACUGGUUGUGCGUUGGGUCCAAACAAGGAGGGAGAGAUCUGUAUAAUGUCUCCUGCGCAACUGAAUGGAUAUUUCAACAAUCUUGAAGCAACUAGCAAAGCUAUCGACUCCGAAGGGACGUGUCGGGAAGAAAUCAAAUCGGGAUAAGACGGGUUCUUGAAAAUUUCGAGUUUUCUGAAACUGUCGAGAUUCUCAAGAAUGUUCAGGACUCUCGAGUAUGUUCGACUUUCUCGAUUAUGUUGAGAUCCCAGAAAAUGUUCGAGAUACCUAAAAAAUUUGAGUAUUUGAUUACCGUUAUGAAACUUAACAAAAACGUGGUCUAAAAUUUUCGAUAUUUGACGCAUUCCUAAAAUUCACAAUAUAUAUUCAUUUAUUCUCAUUAUUACUUAUUUAAUUUCUUCGUGUAGAGUCCGACUAAAAGUUGGAGAAUGUGGUAGAAAUAAUAUAUUAAAAGAGUAAUAAUUAGUUUUUUCGCACGAAAAUUUGAAAUAAGAUAUAAUUAUUACCUCCUGAAUGUUUUCAAGAAUCCGCAACAUCUUCGGAAAUGUCAAUAUAAUCAAGAACCGGUCCCAAUCGUGAGAAAAAUGCUUGUUCCAAUCUCUUUCUUCAACCACAGAUUUCCGAGUUUUCGCACACUUCUAAGUACACAGUCAUAGUUCAACGAAGAAAAACUUCUUUCAUUUUUUGCGAUAUCCACUACGCGAUUUUUAUAGAAUUUCUCAUGCCAAACACAAAUCUGUAUACAAAAUUCUUUGAUAAGUAUCGUUCCGCAAAAAUAACGGUUCUUAUAAGAAUUCAUGAUUCUCGGCAAAAAUUAGGUGUUUCAUUUUUCCGCACAUUGUUUCUUUAUCAGAUACUGUAGAAACCAAUACUGCGUACAAAACUCCUGCUGAAUACUCGCGUUAGCUCUUUUUCAAACUUCAAUCAAGUAUUUACAGCUAUUAAGAAGUACGAGAACAAAAAGUGGUUUACAUGCAUAGUGGUCUCCUCUAUCUGUGUAUGUUGAUUUAAAAAUAAACUAUCUCGCGCUCUUACCUUUCAUGCAUUCAAA